UUCAUUCAACUUCUCAGUUGAGAAUUUUCCGAUUUAGCGGUGAAAAAUUUCUCCGAGUUAAAAAAAUCAAUUUUUUGGAAAUUUGAACAAACGCCCAAUGUACUCUGGUUCUGCUCAUGGCAAUGAAAGAAACAGCAGCAACAAAAAAUGUAGUUAGGAAUAUCGUAAAUUCCUUAUUAUGAAAACUCGGAAGGUUCCUUCUGAUCUCGGACUCUGAUGUCUGAUCAGACGGAACCUUUUGAUAUAGAUCAGAAACGCCUUGGUCAGACCUCAGGGUCCAAAAACCGCAAUUUUAGGCGCAGUGACUUCUAAUGUCUGGAAAAAAAAACUUUGAACACUAGCUUUGAAGUUUUUGGGAACUAAUUGAAAUUUCUUCUAAAGCUUGAGGGGAAAACACCCAAAGGAUUUAAUGAACAGUUGUUUGUUGAGAAACGAGCUGAAACUCUUCCGCUUUAUGAAAGAACGUCAUUGGAUUGAAUGAGUAUUUUAAAUAGUUUCCAAACCAGUGAAAAGAAGCAUAUCUCAAAGUGAACCGAGCUAGCCAAUCAGCGCACGAAAGUUAGUGGCACGUCCAUGGGAACUGGAAAUAGUCGUAACCAGUCUUUGACCGAUUUUAUCAAAUAUGGCGGACGCUUUGGGGGACGAAUGGUGGUUGAGUGAAAAAGAUGUCGAGGAUACAGAGAUUGAAACAGAACGGAAAAAUAAGCGGCGAAAAGAUGAAGAUGUCGAAGGUCAUUCGGAGAACAACAGCAGUAAACAAAUAAAGCUCAGUGAUGAUGUUCCAAAUGAAUCAAAAGCAAAGAAAAGGAGGAAAAAGUCUAAGAUUGAAAGUAUAUCAACAAAACUUCAUGGCUCAGAAGCACCAAAUGUAUUGUGGUCAACUUUCUGUGACAGUACUGCAGGAUCACUGACAACAUUAGAACUUGAGGAUGUGAGCAUUGAUGAUUCCUGUUGUUUGGUGGAUGAUUCUAUUCACAGCGGAUCUCUAAAUGAACUCCUUUCUUACCUGAAUAAUGUUGUUCCUCAGUGGACACGAGAUGUGGAUAAGCUAAACAAGAAAGGCAAUCAUGGCUCUCCCUUGCUCCUGUUUGUUUCAUCAGCAGCUACAAGAGUUGUGGAACUUAACAGGGCAGCGACAGAAUUCAAAGGAAAAUGCAAAACGGUUAAAUUAUUCGCCAAACACAUGAAGGUUUCAGAGCAGGAGCGGUUUCUAGAGUCCCAGGUGGUUCAUUUCGGCAUUGGGACACCAAGUCGAAUUUUAAAGCUAAUACAGAAUGAUUCAUUAAAAACUAAAAGAUUGAAGUAUGUAAUUCUUGACUGGACAUGGAGGGAUCAAAAGCUGCGGAGAAUGAUAGAUAUACCAGAAGUGAGAGGAGAACUCAUUUCGUUGUUGAAGGAUUUUAUUUUUCCUUUAGCAAAAGCUUCAAAGCUCAAGAUUGGAUUAUUCUAAUGCUAGAACAUGCCCCUUUUUCCGGUGGUAAAUGUACAUAGCUAACUGGCACGGAAUGCAGAUCCGAAUUCCUUUGAUUACAGCGAACAAAGUUUAUUAAAAUCUGUAUAGACUUUCCCACGUUA